AUGAAUUAUUCAAGAAUUAUACUAUCAAUCUCUCUCCUCCUCUCCCUUCUUCAAUCUCUCUCAUUUGCAACCUCAUCCCACGAUGCAUUCAUUCAAUGCCUUGAAAACCAUUCCAAUUCUUCCAUUUCUUCUCUAAUUUACACUCAAAACAACUCCUCAUAUUCCUCAAUUCUCCAAAACUACAUAAGAAACCUUCGCUUCAAUGAAUCCUACACUCCAAAACCCCAAAUCAUCAUCAUCGCCGGCCAAAUUUCCGACAUUCAAACAGCCAUCUUCUGCGGCAAAGCCCACAAAAUGCAGAUGAAAAUCCGAAGCGGCGGCCACGACUACGAAGGCGUGUCGUACUGGUCCGACGAGCCCGACUUCUUCGUCUUGGACAUGUUCCGUCUCCGCUCCAUCGACGUGGAUGUCCAAGACGAAUCCGCUUGGGUCGAGGUCGGGGCGACACUCGGCGAAGUCUACUACAGAAUCGCCGAGAAGAGCCCCGUCCACGGCUUCCCCGCCGGAGUCUGCCCCACCGUCGGCGUCGGCGGCCACCUAAGCGGCGGGGGCUAUGGCAACAUGAUGCGGAAGUUUGGCCUCACCAUCGACAACGUCGUCGACGCGACGAUGGUCGACGUCCGCGGCCGCCUCCUCGACCGGAAGGCCAUGGGCGAGGAACUCUUCUGGGCCAUCACCGGCGGCGGGGGAUCGAGUUUUGGCGUCGUGGUGUUGUAUAAAAUAAAGAUCGUCCGCGUCCCGAACGGGAGGAUGGCCGACAUUCCGCCGUCGGAAAAGCCGUUUCCGCACAGGGCUGGCAACAUUGCGAAGCUGCAAUACGCGACGAACUGGAACGAGCAAGGCGCGGAGGCUGCGAACCGGUACUUGAAUCUCACGAGAGAGCUGUACGAGUUUAUGACUCCGUACGUGUCCAUGGCGCCGCGCGAAGCCUUCUUGAACUACAGAGAUCUUGACAUCGGAGUAAACCACAAUGGGAGGAACAGCUACUUGGAAGGUCUGGUGUUUGGCACGAGCUAUUUCAAGGAGAAUUUCAAUAAGUUGGUGAAGGUGAAGACGAGAGUUGAUAAGGAUAAUUACUUUAGAAAUGAACAAAGUAUUCCGGUAUUCCCAUGGAAGAAAUGAUCGAAUUAAUAUAUGUAUAUGUGAUUGUGAUUGGAAUUGGACUAGUAUAGCUAGAUUUUUUUUAUGGAAUUGAAGAAUAUACAUGUACAGAUGUACUAUCAUUUUAUUGUAAUUAAUAAAUUUAUUAGGCUAUUCAUGUA